CAGGCUCGAUCGGACACGGAAGUGACGCCACUCUAGAAUCCCCCAUACUUCCGAUCUGUUGCGACUCAUCUGAGCGAACGUAUCGGAUCACUGUCCGAAAAUCUCUCCCCAGCAAGUGUCGAGUAGCGGCCCGACGCGGUCCAGCAGCAGUUUCUCCUCCCUCUAAGUUCAUCCCCGCUCCGAUUCCUCAUGAGUGACGGGGAGUGUGAUUUCUUCUGCUUCUUUCGGUGCUGCUAAAAGCCACAAGGCCCCCUGGGAUUUGUGGUCCAGUCUGGGGGAUAGGGCAGCAGCUCAGAAGUUGCUGAUUGGUGGAGAGCGGCUGUCAAUCAAGGGAAAGGGUUGGCCCAGAGGGCUAUGUCUGUGGACAUGAGUAGCCAAGCCUCAGACAGUAACGAGGAAUUCGACGAUGAGGAUGCUGCGGAGGGAGACAUCGAGUAUUAUUAUGAACUUGAUGAAGAUGUGACGGUGGAAGAACCGUUUGACCCAGAAGAAUACGAGUUCAAUUGUUUGACAUACAGGGAAAGCCAGAGCGUACUAACUGAGGAAGUCAACAAUGUAGCUAGCGCCCUGAAGGUGUCACCAGCUGUAGCCAAACUGGUCCUUGUACAUUUUCACUGGCAGGUGUCACAAAUACACGAAAGGUUUAAGUCAAAUUCUUCUCAGUUGUUCUGUGAGGCUCACGCCCAGACCACGAGCACCUGUAGAUCUCUCACUGUUGGGGCAUCACAGCAGUGUGGGGUGUGUCUGCAGCUGGUCCGUAGAGACGCUCUUCUCUCUCUACCCUGUCAGCACUCCUUCUGCAAGGCAUGCUGGGAGCAGCACUGCACUGUACUUGUCAAAGAUGGCGUUGGAGUAGAGAUUUCCUGCAUGGCGCAGGAGUGCUCCCUUCGAAUGCCAGACGAUUUCGUUCUUCCUCUUCUGCCCAGCGAGGAACUGAAGGACAAAUACAGACGCUACCUCUUCAGGGACUACGUGGAGAGUCACUUCCAGCUGCAGUUGUGUCCUGGUGCUGACUGUCCAAUAGUUAUACAGGUGCAGAAACCUCGAGCUCGUAGAGUUCAGUGCAGCCGCUGCGGAGAAGUUUUCUGUUUUAAGUGCAGGCAGAUGUAUCAUGCCCCUACAGACUGCGCAACCAUCCGCAAAUGGCUGACAAAAUGUGCAGAUGACUCCGAGACAGCCAACUACAUCAGUGCACACACUAAAGACUGCCCUAAAUGCAAUAUCUGCAUCGAAAAGAACGGAGGAUGCAACCACAUGCAAUGCUCCAAGUGUAAACAUGAUUUCUGCUGGAUGUGUCUUGGUGAUUGGAAGACUCAUGGCAGCGAGUAUUACGAGUGCAGUCGCUACAAAGAGAAUCCAGACAUCGUGAAUCAGAGCCAGCAGGCCCAGGCCAGAGAGGCCCUCAAAAAAUACCUGUUUUACUUUGAGAGGUGGGAGAACCACAAUAAGAGCAUGCAGCUGGAGGCACAGACGUAUCAGCGAAUCCAGGAGAAGAUUCAGGAGAGAGUCAUGAAUAAUCUGGGCACCUGGAUUGACUGGCAGUACCUGCAGAAUGCUGCCAAGCUACUGGCCAAGUGUCGUUAUACACUGCAGUACACGUAUCCUUAUGCUUACUAUAUGGAGUCUGGACCCCGCAAAAAACUGUUUGAGUAUCAGCAGGCCCAGCUGGAGGCAGAGAUCGAGAAUCUGUCAUGGAAGGUGGAGAGAGCAGACACUUAUGAAAGAGGAGAGCCUAGCGCCAAUGAUAGAGGGGAUCUGGAGAAUCAGAUGCACAUUGCUGAGCAGAAGAGACGAACGCUGCUGAAGGAUUUUCAUGACACCUGAACAUCCGUCCAUUAAAUCUGCAUCGUGUUGUCCCUUCUCUCAACCAUCUUGCCCUCUCCAAAGACACCCCUCUCAUCUUUUUUGUCAAAACUCUACACUGCAUCUCAAAACAUUUUGUGCAUCACUUUUAAAGCUGUAUUUUUCCCUUUUGUUUAUCCUUUCCUUCAUCAGUGCCCCUAUAUUUUUAGGCUUUCUAAUCUUAACUCGGCUGCAGGGUUUGAGAAUAGCACGAUUGUAUCCCAGCAUAUACAUAAACAUAUUGCAUUCUCAUGGCCAGGUGUUGGCUGACAUCACACACUUGCGUGCACACACAAACACUCCAAACACUGUCUAACUCUUCUCAUUCUUCUUCAGCUUUCUUUUCUUUCAUGCUUUCUUCUCAUGUUUUUCCUGGAAAGGCUGUUGAUAGUUAGAUCAUUAAAAAACUAAAAAUGAAAAAAGAUGAAAAACAAAUGAUGCUGUAAUUUUCAACGGUUGUACAUUAAUACAGAAAUACAGAGUUACUGAGAGAAAGUUUUUAAACCAGA